AUGGGAAACCCUGCUUCGAGGCUGGGCUGUCUAGGGGAGAGGAGGAACCGCUCACGGACAGGCCCUAGGAUCCGAGGGGAUGCCUCUCCAUCCAUAGCACCCCAGGACCCACUUCCACCAGGGAUCCCCUGGGCAUGGUGGUGCUCCCAUGCUGUCCAGGUGACAGAGGUGACAGAGACGGUGGUGACAGAGACGGUGGUGACAGAGGCUGUAGAGGUGGGGCCCUGUGAGCAAGGAGGGAAGCCAGCCCAGGCACCCCCAGCUGUCCUGGACAGCCUGUGUAGCUGGCUAGAUGGCAUGGAGGAGCUGCAGGCCUCCCAGGGACCCUUGGCCGCCGACGCUGCUUUGGCUGCCUCCCAGCUGCGGGAACAGGAGUUACUCCUGCGCCUGCUGAGGGAGCGGGCACCACACGUGGAGCCGAGGCUACAGGAGGCAGGGAGCCCAGCAGAGCUGUGCACACAGUGGCACCGCCUGGUACAACAGGCAGAGGCCAGAUGGGGGCUCUUGGAACAGCUGGUCCCAGCAGCACGGAGAUUUGAACGGGCCUGCAAGGCUCUGCUGGUGCAGCUGAGGCCCGGAUACCUUGAGGGAUCCUUGCAGUACCUGCAGUGCACAUGUGAGGGGACUGCAGCACGUGCACGUGCUGAGGACUUGGAAGAGGUUUUAGAGACUGGCCAGAAGCUGGCAGAAUUGCUCACAGAAGACCAAGCUCAACUGGUGCAGCAGCAGCUGGGUCAGUUCCAGGAACGUGUGAGGCUGACUGAGUCCCAAGUGGCUUGUGCCCAGCAGAAGUUGCUAUAUGCUCCAAGGACAGGACCCCCCAAGCCCUCAACCCCAGCAGGCCUGGAGGCUCAGCUUGACCAGGAAGAGUCAGUCUCAGCACAUCUGGGGCUCAAGGACCAGAAGCAGCUGAGUAUACAGCUAGCCCAGCUGGCAGGGCAGAUUGAGCAGCUGGCACCACGGGCAGAUACUCCUAGCCAGGCAGCAGCACCCAUAGUGACCAUCUGGAAACAGAGCCUCUCAUCAGCUGUGCCUCAGGCAGAGGUGAAGUCCCUGGAGGUUCACUGGUCAGAGGCUCAAGAGCAAGACACUGGACUGAAGAGCACAUGGGAGUCAACUGAGUGGAUCUGGUGUGGCCUGGCAGAGCACGUGGCCAUCCACGAGGAGCUGUGGCCUGAAGGGAAUUGGAACCCAGCCUUGCAGGAGUUCCUGUGGGGACAGCAGACCCUGGCAAUAUCAUGGCUGAGGAGGGCCCCAGUCCUGAAAGGAGAGACUGCCUAUGGGGGUACCUGCCACCUGGGUCUGCUGAUGGAUCUGCUUAGCUGCCAGGCUGCCAUGUCCAUCCCCUCCAGGGAGAGGAUGCUCACCCUAGAGGAAAGGCUGCCACUUGCGGACCACCUUGUAGAGAAGCUUCUCACAUGUCCUCACAGAGUAAGCCAGGCUGAACCCCUGGGGAUCAAGGUGGUACAGGCCCAGGGCUGGGUGCUGGAGGAGCUUCCUAGGGCCCUUAGGGCUGCUGGGUUAAAGCACUGGACUCCAGCCCUGGGGGAGGCACUGGCUCUGAGGGGUCCUGACCAGAGUCAGCCUGGGGAUCUGGGGGGUAAAGCCAAGGCUUGCCUCCUGGGGAAGACCUCAGAAGAACUGGGCUGGAGGCCUGGGUGGGCAGAGGCCACCAUGGAGAGCCAGAGGCACAGGAAGUCUGAGAACAGUAGGAAGAACUGGGAGGACAAGAACCAGUGGGUCCAAAUGGAGCAGGGCCACCUGGAACAGGAUCUUACGGACAGCUUCCUGGCCGCUGGGGAGCAGGAAAGGGAUGGUCAAGGCUGGCCUAGCUGCACCUGGGGUACAUGUGGGCCUGCGCACAAGUUUCCUGCCAUGUUGGGGUCCUGGCUCACCAACGGCCAGCAGCAACCACACAGCAUGGCCAGAGCAAGGGCCAUGGAAGGGACGAGUGCACCAGGGGCCAGAGGCAGGUCCAAGGUCCAGGGAGCCUCGGCAGCACGGGGCUCUCUGAUGGUUCGUGUUGGAGGUGGCUGGGCAGCUCUAGAUGAGUUUCUGGUCAAGAAUGACCCAGGCAGAGCAAAGGGGAGGACCAGUCAGAAGAUCCAUGAGAGGUUCCUGUGCUGGGCUCCCAGUGGGCCAGCCCCUGAGGUCAUCACCCUGAGGCUCUGGGCCUCUAUCCGCAUGGCCUCCAACAGACCCCGGUCUCAGAAGACAGGGCUGCCAACCGGCAAAGAACGCAGACACCCCAGCUCCUACAAGGUCAAAGCCUCAGAGCCGCCCACUGAGGAGCAGCCUAGACGACUCUAA